CCGGUCAGUUCGCCACUGAUUUCCGAGGACUCGAUGGCGUGGUCAAGACUUGAGGAGCUUGACCCRCUCACGAGAGAGGACUUCGCCUGGAUGCCUCUACCCUCGACCGGAACCUUGCUAAGGCCGCAUUGCAACGCCUUGAUGGCAACUCUACGCUCCUAUUUGCACACUACAGUACCAGCUCCGUUGACGGACGACGGGGUAGCGGUUGUCGAUCUCCGCUCCUAUCUUGCGAAGAUUGACCGCGAGUACGCCACCCAAAGGUACGCCGAAACCGACGCACCUUUGCUCUAUAUCCGCAUUCAAAUCGGAAAGGCAACCUGUAGUGCCUUGAUUGAUUGCGGAGCGUCUCGCAACUUUAUCAGCCAAGCCUUUCUUGCCCGCGCAGGUUUUGGCCCGCGCGUUCGAAGGAAGACGCAACCUACGCAAGUUACACUCGCGGACGACCACACGCAAAAGUCAAUUGACCGAUGCGUUGACGGCGUUCCAGUCUACUUUGCGGUACUUGCGUGCGAGCCAGUGUCUUUUGACGUCCUCGACACCAAGUUCGACAUGAUUCUAGGCAUGUCUUGGUUGCAUAGCGCCGAUCAUCCGGUGAACUUCCAUGACCGAACCGUUCACAUCCGUGAUCGGAACGGAGUGUUAGUCCCAUGUACGGUCGCGACCUCUCACACUUCGAUUGCUUGUCACGUGGUUUCCGUUGCGAGAAUUCGCGACGCCAUUGCUCGGAAUGACGUCGAGGAGAUGAGCCUUGCCCGCAAGCAGCAGCAUACAUACCUGAUGGAAGACGAGGCAGACGACAGUACGAGGUGGAAGAGUGCAAAGAAGAAAAGGGUAAAGAAGAAGAAGAAGAAGAAGAAGAAGAAGAAGAAGAAGAAGAAGCAGAAGCAGAAGCAGAAACAGAAGAAGAAGAAGAAGAAGAAGAAGAAGAAGAAGAAGAAGAAGAAGAAGAAGAAGAAGAAGAAGAAGACGAAGAAGACGAAGAAGAAGAAGAAGAGGAGGAGGAGGAGGAUACCGCACUGUCGUUGCUUAAGGAUGGAAGGGGCAAUCGAGCGGAUGAAUGAAGAUGAGGCGCGUGCCAGGUUCCAUGACUUGAGGAAGGAGAAGGAUGGGGUGGCCCCACGGGAGCUUGACAGGAUCUGGGCAAGCCUCCCGCCAUUGGAUGCAGGAGACAUCCGAGGACUGUGGAAAGGUGCUGCUUUUCAAACAGGUCAUGCCCUGUGCCAGAAACUUACUGAGGUCCACUGGUACGGCAAGCUGUUUGAGUCCAGCACAGACGUCAAGCCAUUGAUGUGCUAUAAUGAGCAGGGUGAGCUGUAUCAUUACACAGAGCAGUCGAUGGGGGAUGCCAGCUUGUGGAAUGUCCAGUUCCGAGGAGAGGUGACAGCUACCAUGGUGUAUGACGGCCAGCCCAUCUUUGACCAUUUCAAGAAAGUUGACGAUUCCACACUCAUGGGAAUAAUGAACGGCAAGGUGAACUUUGUAUUCGACAAAGGCGAGCACUUUUAUUUCAUUCUAGAACGCAGUUGAAGGAGGCAGCCACUGUGUGCAUAUCCCAUUAAACCACCAGUUCACACGAGAGGGGUUAACUCAGACCAAGCAUUUAAUAACAGUAUGGAUGAUGGGGCUUGAAACUUUUGUUGUGCGGCUGCACUGAGUAAUACUACCGGUAUUUGUAGUAGCAUGGGCUAAUCAGUGGUGACUAAAGGCGUGACUACAAGAAGCAAGUCCCUCUGAUAAGCGGUCGUGUGGCAUGGGAGCAAAAAGUGUCACCUCCUCCUGCUGUACAAGCCAGGUUGCACGUGAGUGUGAGAUAUGCCGAAGGCUCUUUUCGCUAUCUCCGAGCCGCCCAUCGUACUCACCUUUGCCAGCCUCUCACACUUUGAUUCUCUUCAUCUUAGGAGCGGUAUGGCCUAGCGUAC